AUGAGACUUGACUGGCAUGCGGCGGUGUUUCUCCUUGGGACCGUAAGAGCCCGCGAGAUAUCGGAGCUUGAGGAGCUUUACAGAGAGGGAACAACACCGGACACUCGGAACAUUGACGGAACCGAAGUCCCGUCACUCUCACAGCCCUUGCCAAAGGGCAGUGAGGUUCCUCGCAGCAACUGGGUCGCUGAAUGCACCUCCACCUCGGGUGGUCACAACUGCAACCAAGCCUUCGAUGGCAACAAUGCAACCUAUUGGCAGAGUCUCAACACCUCGACUUCCCAAACCAUUACCAUCAAUUUGGGAACAAAAGAUGUCAGCGUCAGUGGCUUGACUGUGGUUCCCAGGCAAGAUCAGAAAGCUGCGCUCAUUGAGGAACACCAAAUUUUUGUCAGUGCUGAUAAUGAGACCUGGAACCUGGUUGCCUAUGGAACUUGGUGGCCGGAUCAAAGCCAGAAGCUCUCGGCAUUCCAACCUCAAAAAGCCCAAUAUGUCCGACUGUCAGCUCCUGCUCCAAACGGAAUCGCCAUCGCAGAUAUCAGGAUUUACCAGACCGACUACAUUACCCCGAAUCCUUCUCUUGGAGCCUGGGGUCCUACAAUUGACUUUCCUCUGGUCCCCGUUGCAGGUGCUGUCGACGCACAUUCUGGCGAGGUGGUCGCCUGGUCCGCCUGGGGCUACAACAUCUUUACUGGCGGCAAGGGGGGCAAGACACAAACCGCGACCUGGAACGGCGGGGCCCAGUCGGUCACACGUCGUGCUGUUACCAACACCCAGCAUGACAUGUUCUGCCCUGGCACUUCAAUUGAUGCGGAAGGAAAGUUUGUCGUUACUGGCGGAGCCGAUGCAGGCCAAACCAGUAUCUAUAACACCACCGUUCGUGACUGGUUCAGGGGAGGAUUUUUGAAUACCCCUCGCGGUUACCAAGCAUCUUCGAUCCUGUCUGACGGGCGCAUUUUCUUGAUCGGUGGAUCAUGGCAGGGAGGUGUUGGUGUUAAGAACGGGGAGGUCUUUGACCCUAAGACCAAUAUCUGGACCUCGCUCCCGAAUGCAUCGUCGGCAGCGAUGCUCACCCAAGACCAGCGGACAUACAGACAAGACAACCACGCCUGGCUAUUCGGUUGGACUGACGGUUCCAUCUUCCAAGCCGGCCCCAGUGUGCAAAUGAACUGGUUCGGUUCAUCGCCAGGUGGUUUCACUGCUUCUGCUGGAAAUCGUACUGGUGAUCAAGAUGCCAUGUGCGGGAAUGCGGUUAUGUAUGAGCAGGGUAAGAUUCUCACCUGUGGUGGGUCCCCGUGGUAUGAGACUCUUGAGGCUACCGACAAUGCUGCCAUCAUCACCCUUGAUCAAGUCAACCAAAGUGUCUCUGUCCUUCCAUACGCAGGUGGUGGAAUGAACUACAAGCGAACUUUCCACACAUCUGUCGUUCUUCCUGAUGGCUCGGUAUUUGUCCACGGUGGCCAGGUAGUUGGACUCCCAUUCAAUGAGAGCCAGCCUCAGAUGAUUCCAGAGCUGUUCACUCCCGAUCCCGAGAGCGAGAACGGAGGCAACUGGGAUAAGCUGCUGGAAAACUCCAUCGUCCGAGUGUACCACAGCAUCUCCCUCUUACUGCAAGAUGGUACUGUCUUCACUGGUGGUGGCGGUCUGUGCGGAGAUUGCAACGCCAACCAUUUUGAUGGUCAGAUCUACACACCUGCUUAUCUGUUGAAUUCCGAUGGAUCUCUCCGCAACCGUCCCAAGAUCAAUACUGUCACCACUGGUGCCAUUACGCCCGGUGAUAUUGUCGAAAUCACAACCGAUGGCCCGGUAAACCCCUUGGCGUCACUCAUUCGCUAUGGUUCCACCACUCACACGGUGAAUACCGACCAACGCAGAAUAGCUGUUCAGUUGGAAGAUACUGGGGACAACCACUACAGUUUCGAAAUUCCUGCUACGCCUGGUAUUGCUCAGCCUGGGUACUACAUGCUCUUCGUCAUGAACAGCGAUGGAACACCUAGUCACUCGGUGAACGUUCAAGUGGGCGUUUGA